AUGGCCCCCAAAUUCAAGGACGGGGACACGGUCUUUACUUUUAAUGGGAAAUGGAUAUCAUGGACACAUACCGCAGUGGCUUAUGCUGCCUUUCUCGGUGCUCUGGUCGUAGGAGUACGACUGCACUAUCAUAAGAUUGUCCAGAACGAGCACUACGGCUACCCGGACGAAUGGUUUCCAUCCGUCUCCGCGACUAUUGGUGACAGGUACCCCGAGCGUUCGGUCUUCCAGGUCUUCAUUGCCAUCACUUCUGGCCCUCGAUUUGCUCUUGUCUUCCUCUGGUAUAUCCUUACCGCGAGGCCGAACUCGGUUCUGCCCAAGGCUGUGCUGGGUGUGGGCAUCUUUAGGACCCUGACUUGCGGAGGAUGGACAUACGUGACCUCGACGGACGACCAUGGAUGGCAUGAUAUCUUCAUGAUCGCCUAUCUGGUGGCUACUCUUCCGUGGACGGUCGGCUGUCUUGCCUUGAGUCCGCAUAACCCCCGCGCACUCAAGUAUAGAAGGAUGUUUGCGGGCUUGUUCUUCGCAACCCUUAUUCCCCUUGUGUACUUUUUUAUUCAGCAUAAAGUGCACAAGGUUCCUGGUGCUUACACCACAUACGCCUUUUUUGAAUGGGCCCUGAUUCUGUUCGAUGUUGCUUUUGAUGCUGUGACUGCUCUUGAUUUUGAAGGCUUUGAGAUUACAGUGAAAGACGUUAAAGGUAUUAGCAGAGGAACGAGUAAAUCGGACGCUGCUGUGGAAAAAGAUGGACAUGGCAUCGCUCUAGGCGAACGCUUUUUCCUCCUCGAGGUAUUCGAUGCCGCCGCGGACAUCUACAAUGGAUUUGUUUUCUGGUCCAUUUUGACCUCUCUUGGGCUGGUCGUUUGGUAUUUCCCCCUAUGGAACAUGGGAAUCUCUGGCUAUGAGGCUAUCGUCAUGGUCACCGUCUCGCCUCUGCUCCUAGCCAUGCCUGGAUUCCGUUCUUUUGCCGUCCGAAAUGUCCGGCUUUUUCAUCUGCUGUCAAUGUCCGGACUUCUUGCCUACCUUGUUCGGUACCCGCCUUACCGACUUUUUAUAGUCGGUUUCUCUGUUGCGAUGGGAUGCUUGACCUGGGCUGCUACCUGGUACGGAGAGCGUGGCCAACCUGCACGCCUUGAAACGAGAGUGAUUGCAUGGACUAUUGGUCUUCUCGCUUCCAGUCUAAUGAAGUAUUCGUUUUACAGUAACAACCCCAUCUGGCCCAUUCUUCACCCGGAGAAUGGUGGAUGGAACAAGACUGCUAUCGCUCUGGCUUUGGUUGCCAUGCUUCGCUCAUCUCGCAGAAACUACGUGUCGGGAGACUACAUGGCUCCCAAUGGCCGCAAGGGUUCCUCGAUUCUCUCAGCCUUUGGAUUCGGUGGGCUUGCGUUUGCCAUGCACUCCCUUCUUUCAGAUUCUAGCACAAUGAUUCUCUGGGUAUGGGAAGGGUUCCCCAUCCGUGGUCCGAUUGCUGUGCCUCAUGGAUCUCUCACCCUUCUAGCCAUGGCUGUUGGUGUUUUCCUGGGUGUAACAUAUCCUCGUCUGGCUGGAAGCUGGACAGCGUUUGGCUUGGGAUCUGUUGGUGCUGCACUCUUGACGGGGAACAGCCACUGGCUCGGAUUCUACGGCGGCCUCAUGCUUGCAAUCUAUAUCAUGGCCGUUGCUCCCGUGCUCAUAGGUUCUGCUGUAAAACACUCCCCCGCAACGGUCUUCGGACUAGGCUUCUUCGUCUACAAUUUCAUGGUCCUCUUCAGUACUUGGGUUGUCGCCUACGCCUUCGUACCUGGUGGCCCGCUUGUACGUGAACGUACCGAUUGGGUCAUGGCCUCUAUGAUGAUUUUGAUCGGGGCCGGUGUGUUUUCCUCAUCUGUCUCUCAAACAUCGCCAUCAGCCAAAUACAGAAAGCCGGUUGUAAACGCCCGCAAGCAACGCACAUACUACUUCUAUGUUCUAGGCGCUCUUCAAAUCGUGUCUUUCGCCAUUGGGUUCCUGCGAUUCCCUGUCAACGACUAUACUCCGUACCAUAAAGACGAAAAAGUGUUAACCGCCGGUAUCUGGACUGUGCAUUUCUCACUGGACAACGACAUGUGGUCGUCUGAGAGGCGUAUGCGCGAUGCGAUCAAGGACCUAGAGCUGGAUGUCGUGGGACUGCUCGAGUCUGACCUCCAGAGAAUCAUAAUGGGCAACCGGGACACCACCCAAUUCCUCGCCGAGGAUCUCGGCAUGUAUGUUGACUACGGCCCUGGCCCAAACAAACACACAUGGGGAUGCGCUCUGCUCUCCAAGUUCCCUAUUUUGAAUUCCACCCACCAUCUCCUUCCAUCGCCUGUCGGUGAGCUUGCACCCGCCAUCCAUGCGACAAUUGACAUGUAUGGUGAACAUGUCGAUGUAGUUGUCUUCCACUCCGGACAGGAAGAAGACCCUGAAGACAGAAGACUCCAAUCGGAAUACCUAUCCAAAUUAAUGGGAUCCUCGAACAGGCCCAUGAUUCUGCUCAGUUAUCUCGUCACCAAGCCACUUGAAGGCAACUACAACACAUACGUUAGCGAACAGAGCGGAAUGAAAGACAUUGACCCCACCGACUGGGACCGUUGGUGUGAAUAUAUUCUAUACAAGAACAUCCGUAAGAUCGGAUAUGCUCGUGUUAGCAGAGGAACCAUUACAGACACUGAACUACAGUUUGUUAUCGGCCAGCCAGAAGGCAAGGGAGAACGCAUAUCGGAGGAGCAGGUACCGGCAGGCAUGAGAUUCCCUGCCAUGUUCCGAGGAGAAGGAGUUCGCGGCCACAGAUAUCAUGUGUUUGACGAGCCUCGAUACUAUAACUAG